AUGACCCCAACCUCGGAACCAAUUGCCAUCAUCGGCUCGGGAUGCCGAUUCCCCGGUGGUUCGUCGUCCCCUUCAGAGCUGUGGAGACUGCUUCGCGACCCUCGAGACGUCCUACAGGACUUCUCCGAUGCUAGACUUAGGCUCUCGAGCUUUUACAACUCGAACAAGGGCCACCAUGGAAGCACUGACGUCAAGAGCAAGUCUUACCUCCUUACUGAAGACAUCAGCGUGUUUGACGCUGCAUUCUUCAACACCAAUCCAUUGGAAGCUGCUUCAAUGGACCCUGCACAACGUAUCCUACUCGAAACGGUGUACGAGACGCUCGAAGCCGCAGGCUACACGAUGGAACAGAUGCAAGGCACUCUGACCUCUGUUUUCGUUGGCCUCAUGACAGGUGACUACUGGGACAUUACAAUGCGAGAUACGGACACGAUGCCAACAUACGCGGCGUCCGGCGUGUCCCGCAGCAUCAUGUCCAACCGCAUAUCGUACGUCUUCGACUUGAGGGGACCAUCGAUGACGGUCGAUACGGCCUGCUCGAGCUCGUUAGUAGCCCUACAUCAGGCAGUGCAAAGCCUUCGGAGUGGAGAGUCAACCGCUGCCAUUGUCGCCGGCGCCAACAUGCUGCUUGACCCGUCCACCUACAUCAUGGAAAGCAAACUGCAGAUGCUGUCGCCCGAAUCCCGCUGCCGAAUGUGGGACAAAUCUGCAAACGGAUAUGCGAGAGGCGAGGGUGUUGCGGCAAUCCUGCUGAAGCCUUUGAGUGCAGCCCUGGCAGACGGCGACGACAUCGAAUGCAUCAUUCGAGAGACGGGCGUCAACUCUGACGGGCGUACCAAGGGCAUCGCGAUGCCAAGUGCAGAAGCCCAGGCAACGCUCAUCCGAGAGACGUACAAGCGAGCGGGGCUGGACUGGACCCUGAGGCGGACCGGUGCCAGCGACCCCAUCGAGGCUCAAGCGAUCGCCAACACGUUCUUCCCCACAUCCCGGGAGCACGAAGAGAGCAAAUUGUAUGUCGGCUCCGUCAAAACCGUUAUCGGCCAUCUCGAGGGGUGCGCGGGGCUGGCAGGGGUUCUCAAAGCGUCUCUGGCUGUCCAGAAUCGGACAGUGCCUGCCAACAUGCACUUCGCAACGCUCAAUCCAGCAGUUGGGCCCUUUUACCGGAACCUCGAGAUCCUGGGGAACCCCAUUGCCUGGCCGGAGGUUUCCACUGGACCUCGGCGCGUCAGUGUCAACAGUUUCGGAUUUGGUGGGACCAAUGCCCACGCCAUUGUGGAGAGCUACGACGUCGAGAAGAACAACAUAGCCCGAGAUCCGGCAAGAGGAUACGUUCGAGGGCCUCUGGUUUUCUCCGCGCGGACCGAAUCAUCUCUGUAUGCAAGCAUCAGGAGAUUCACCCGCUUCAUCAAGUCGAACCCGUCAGUGGACCUCGAAGCUCUGACUUCAGUCCUCCAAGAGAAACGCAAGGCAUUCCCAGUCAAGCACUACUUCUCCGGGUUCAGCCGCGAGAAGAUCGUUGAAAACAUGGAUGAUUUCCUCAGGACCGCCUGCGAGCCAGAGUCCAACAGCGGAUCGGUGACACGCACGGAAUCACGAAAUGCGAACGAGACGCCCCGAGUUCUCGGGAUAUUCACCGGCCAAGGUGCACAAUGGCCCAGUAUGGGAAAAGCGCUGAUUGAGCACUGUCAACUUUUCCGAGAGACCAUCGAACACUGCGAGGCGUUCUUGGCCGGGCUACCCGAUCCGCCGCCAUGGUCACUAAAGGCGGAGCUACUUGCCGGCGACACGUCGCAUGUCUCUGAGGCAGCUUUCAGUCAGCCUCUCUGUACCGCGCUUCAGAUUGCCAUGGUGAGUCUCGCCACAGCUGCAGGUGUCAAGUUCUCCGCCGUCGUGGGUCAUUCGUCGGGAGAGAUUGCUGCUGCCUAUGCUGCAGGGGUACUUUCCGCCGCAGACGCCAUGGCGAUAUCGUACUACAGAGGCUUCCAUGCCAAGCUGGCGGAGGGCAAAGACGGCAGGAAGGGCGGAAUGAUGGCCGUUGGGAUGACUUACGCGACCGCCCUCGAACUGUGUGCUCGGCCGCAGUGGGAAGGGCGCAUCGGCCUUGCCGCCAGCAACGCACCAUCCAGCGUCACCCUUUCCGGAGACGCAGAUGCGAUUAUGGAAGCAAAAGCCGUCUUCGACGAGCACAAGACUUUUGCCAGGGAGCUCCAGGUUGACACUGCCUAUCAUUCGCAUCACAUGUUGCCCUGUGCUGGCCCGUAUCUGGAGUCGCUCCUGGCCUGCAAAAUCAGACCAAAUAAGCCGAGGCUGAACUGCACUUGGAUGUCCAGCGUUCUGGGCGAUGCAUCCCUCCUUAAUGGCAGUCUCGAGACCCUUUCGGGACAGUACUGGGUGGACAACAUGGUCAAACCCGUCCUGUUCUCCCAGGCACUGGAGACGACUGUAUCUAGAGAUGCAUUCGAUGUGGCUGUGGAGGUCGGACCGCAUCCGGCACUGAAAGGCCCUGCCACACAGGUCUUCCAGUCAGCCCUUGGAUCACCCCAUCCAUACACGGGCUUCAUGCGUCGCGGAGACGAUGCAGUUGCAGCAUUUUCCAGUGGCAUCGGCUUCUUGUGGGCCAACCUUGGACCAGCCUUUGUGGACUUCUCCGGUUACCGGAGAGCGUUUCAAGGCCCGGGAGCAGCGAAGCCGGCAGUGCUGAAGGGUCUACCAUCGUAUGCCUGGGAGCACGACAAGAUCCACUGGAGGGAAAGCCGCAUCUCCCGAAACUUCCGUCUUCGGCCCCAGAAGCCGCACGAAUUGCUUGGCCGCAGGAUGGCUGAUGACUCGGAUCACGAAAUGCGGUGGCGUAACUUUCUGCGCCUCAGUGAACUGCCUUGGCUCCGCGGCCACGAAUUCCAGGGCCAGGCUUUAUUUCCAGCUACAGGGCACGUAGCCAUGGCGCUGGAGGCUGCGAGGAAUCUGGCUGGCGAUCGUGCUGUCCGGCUCUUCGAACUGGGUAACGUUUCCAUUCAAAAGGCGAUGGUCGUAGGUCAAGAUCAGCCAGGAGUUGAGACUGUGUUCGCACUCCGGGUGGUCAAUGAGGACCUGCCUUGGGGAGAGAGCAGCAGACAGGAUAUCCUCAAAGCAGAGUUCUCUACUUCCGCAUGCUUUGAUCAAGCGGCUGGUCAGCUUGAGAAGGUUGCCUGCGGAACCGUUAUCAUACACUUUGGCGAAAGCACCGGCGAGGAGCUACCGCCGCCCGAACCUGUUUCGCAGGGCCUCAACCCGGUAGACAUCGAUCGCGUCUACCACUCACUUGCAGAUAUCGGAUUGAAUUAUCACGGGCCAUUCCGGAGUAUGGUGCGUGCGGAGAGAAGGCGGAACCACUGUAGAGCAUCGGCUACUUGGCAGGACCACGACAUGCCACCUGAGUACAUGAUCCACCCAGCCUUCCUUGAUGUCUCCUUCCAGGCAAUGUUUGUUGCUCUGACCUCUCCUGCCACCAAUGCUGCCCUCUGGACAACAUACCUACCAUCUUCCAUUGAACGCAUCACCGUCGACCCGACUACGUGCCAUGACUACAGUUCUCCAGCCGUGACGGCGGACAUAGAAGCCUUCAUCACUGACUCUUCCUCGUCCUCUUUCGCGGGUGACGUCCACGUCCUCGAUCCCACCCGCGCCCGCUCCAGCAUCCAAGUACAGGGACUGCGCUUGAAAGCCAUUGCCGAAGCUUCUCCCGCCAACGACCGUCUCCUCUUCGCCAAGACAGCCUGGGACGUCGACAUCUUCCACAAAGCAUCCGUCGCAGUGGAGCAGAAGCCAAAUGCCCAUGCGGAAGAUCUCGAGCUGCUCUACACCAUAGAACGCGUAGCCCUAUUCUACCUACAAGACCUCGUGAACUCAUUCUCCCAAGACGACACCAACACCAUCUCCUGGUACCACCAGCGGCUCCUCACCGCAGGCUCCGCCGCGCUCUCCCGGGUCCGCAGCGGGCACAACGCCCUCGUCCCAUCGAAAUGGCUCCACUCCGACACCCCCUCCACCAUCGCCGCCCUGCACGCCGCACACCCGCACUCCAUCGACCUCGCCAUGCUCCACGCCGUCUCCACGCACCUCGCGCCCAGCAUCCGCACCUCCACGCCCAUCCUCCAACACAUGCUCGCCGACGACCUGCUCCCGCGCUUCUACACCUCCUGCUGGGGCAACGCCGCGUCCAACGCCUCCGUCGCGCGCCUCGUCGCGCAAAUCACCCACAAGCACCCGCGCGCGCACAUCCUCGAGAUCGGCGCCGGCACCGGCGGCACCACGCACGCCAUCCUCGACGCCGUCGGCCCCCGCUACGCCGCCUACACCUACACGGACGUCUCCCCCGGCUUCUUCGGCGCCGCCGCCACCAGGUUCGCGCGCCACGCGCACAAGAUGGCAUUCCGCGUGCUCGACAUAUCGCGCGAUCCCGCGCGGCAGCAGGGCUUCGAAGCCGGGCCGGGGGCGCAGCACGACGUCGUCGUCGCGGCCAACGUGCUGCAUGCGACGCCGGAGCUUGCGGCGACGGUGGCGAACGUGCGGAAGUUGCUGCGGCCGGGAGGGUAUCUCGUGCUGUUGGAGAUUACGGCGGAUUCGUUGCGGAACCUCGUCGUGUUUGGGGGGCUGCCGGGGUGGUGGCUCGGCGCGGAGGAGGGCAGGAGCGGCGGCCCGUUCGUGUCGGAUGUGCAGUGGGAUGGGUUGUUGCGGCGGGGCGGGUUCUCCGGGGUGGAUGCUGUGGUGAGGGAUUGGCCGGAUGCGAGGGCGCAUGGGUGUUCGGUGAUGGUGAGUCAGGCGGUGGAUGGGACGGUGGGGAUGCUGAGAGAGCCGUUGGGUGCGGUGGGGGCGGGGAUGCCGGAGCCGGAGCGGGUGGUGGUUGUGGGGGGGAAGACGUUGCCGGUGCUGAAGGUGGUGAGGGCGGUGCAGGAGUUGCUUGGGGCGUGGAAGGAGCGUAUCGUGGUGGUUGACGGCCUUGAUGCUGUUGAUGCCGAUGCGCUGGUUCCGGGGACGUCGGUCAUUUGUCUGGCUGAGCUCAACCGGCCGCUAUUCGCCGACGCCAUGACUGAUGACAGACUGGAGAAGCUGAGGGGGCUGUUCAGCAGUGCUAAGGCGGUGCUGUGGGCCACUGCAGGGGAUCCGGAGUCCAGGAUGACUGUCGGCAUUGGGCGUGCUCUCCUCACUGAGAUGCCCAACCUCACACUUCAGUUUUUGGAAGUGAGGAACCGCGCUGAGCUCACGGCGACUACCGUUGUCGAGUGCUUUCUCCGGCUGGUUCUCUCCAGCGAGACUGCAGUUUCAGAGCACGACAUGCUGUGGACAAUUGAGCCGGAGGUAGCCCUAGACGAGGGCGAGCUUCUUCUCCCCCGUGUUGUUCCCGACAAGGCUGUGAAUAGACGUUUCAACGCCGAACGCCGCUUGGUGACGAAGACCGUCUCCACGGAGGAUGCCUGUGUCCAGAUCGACACGCUGGGCCGUUACUCACCCAAGAUUUUGCUGGAGACGAUGACACCAGGAGGACCGGACAGGACAGUCAUUGAUGUGCAAUACUCGACCACCUUCUCGGAAGAUUGCACGCUUUGCCUUGGCGAAAUACGUGGAAACUCGGCUCCAGCAGUUGCUUUAUCCAGCACCGCCGCCUCUGCCAUCAGCGGCAUGGAAAAACACAUAUCGUUGCCAGAUGGGUACUCCAGCGGUUACGCCUUGCUUACUGACAUAGCUAGCCACGCUCUUGCACUCGAGUUGUUGAAGCUCGCCCCUCUCGAUUACUCAUUACUAGUUCAUGAUGCUCCCCAACAGCUCGUCAGAGCGCUCCGAUACAGCGCAAUGGCCCAAGGCAUCAGAGUUUUCUUCAGUACCUCGAAAGUCUCCGAAUCGGUCGGAGGAUGUCUACAGCUUCACAACAUGGCCUGUGAGCGUACAAUUCGCAGGUCCAUUCCAAGGACUGUCAGGUGCUUCGUUGACCUGGGUUCAUCUCCGUCAUCCACAAUACCGCGAUGCCUACUACCAGGAUCUGCUGUCUACAGGUUCAGAAACUGUACAGGCAUCAUCACUUCUGUAGCGGGCGUCUCACUCGAUGAGGCUCUCGCCAAAGCCGUGGGAUAUCCGCUUGGAGAACCAGCAAGAGAAACGCUUAUCGAUGUGCAGGACCUGAAAGGGUCCUUCAAUAGCAGCGCCAACUACCCCUACGUCGUGCACUGGGAAAAAACAGAGCUCGAAGUUGCCAUUCCGCCUUUGUGUCCCGCCGGCCUUUUCAAGCCAGACAAGACAUAUCUCAUGGUCGGCAUGGCUGGCGACAUUGGCCGGUCUCUUGCCGGCUAUAUGAUCGACAAUGGCGCUCGUCACAUUGCCCUUGCCAGCCGCAGUGCGAGCGUAGACGCUUCGUGGCUGCGAGAGAUGGCUACCCUGGGCGCGACCGUCAGGGUGUACCAGAUGGAUGUAUCGGACAAGGUGUCUGUGCAUUCCGUCUACAACACGGUCCGCGAUACCAUGCCGGCCAUCGCCGGUGUGUGCAACGCGGCCAUGGUUCUCAGCGACGGCUUGUUCGUCAACACGGAUGCCGUCUCGUUGAACGAUGUCCUCAGACCAAAGGUCGACGGCACCAAGAUUCUCGACGAGCUGUUCAACGAGCCCAACAGCCUGGACUUCUUCAUCCUCUUUUCGUCUCUCGCAAGCGUCUUCGGCAACGCGGGCCAGUCCAACUAUCACGCCGCCAACCUGUUCAUGAACGGCCUGGCAGCACAGCGCCGACGCCGCGGCCUCGCCGCCUCGAUCAUGCAUAUCGGCAUGGUUGCAGACAUCGGGUACGUGGCACGAGCGGGUCGGCACAUCGAAGACCACCUGCGGAAACUAAUGUACCACCCCAUGGCCGAGACUGAUCUGCACCACCUAUUCGCCGAGGCCGUCGUGAGCAGCGAUCCCGGGUUCCGAGGUAAUUGGGACAUCAUAUCGGGUAUCGAUCCGUUCGUGGACACGCCGGAUGCGACGUCGCGCCGGCCGCCCUUUUACUCCAACCCGCGUUUCUCACACUUCGUCCACGAAGCCACUGCGUUUGAGCAGCGCAGUGAUUCUGGCCCAUUGGCUGUACGGGAUGUCAAGCACAGGCUGGAUGAGGUAGGCUCCGAGGAAGAUGCGGUGGCUCUGAUUCAAGAGGCUUUUCUGGAAACUCUCGAGCAGAUGCUGCAGAUGGGGCGUGGUACUGCUGGAGCAAAUGCCUCGUUGUUGUCUCUGGGUAUGGACUCGCUCGUGGCCGUCGAGCUCAGGACUUGGUUUCUGAAAAACAUAGGUGUCGACGUCGCCGUACUCGGGUUGCUUAGUGGGGAUACAGUGGCGGCCAUCUGCAAAGAUGUGGCGGGCAAAUACAUGGCUGCGAAGCGAAAUACACAGUAG